UUCGACGUCAAAUGGCCCUUCCUGGCAUCGCUCGAAUGGGCCUUUUUGGCAUCAGCUUGUAUGGCGCCGUCACUGUCAUACUGCUGGGUGUCUUUGUUUUGGUGUUUGUGGCGCUGGUGGUCAUCCCCAAGGCUUCCCCUGCCGGCAGCAGCGACACGCGCGCCAACGUGUCCAUCCUCAUCUUCACGACGCUCUUCACCGUCUGGCUGGGAGUCUGCUUCAUCGGGCAAUUGCAGGACAAGAAAGCAUCCGUAAGUGAGAUGCAGCCAGUGGCAUCUCAUCUGGUGUAUCUGUGGCGCGUUCAGGUGCCUGCACAACUGGUUGCUCUGGGCAUGGGGGUGUUCAUCCUGGUGUUUGUGUCCAUCAUGGCCUUCGUCGGCCCAUCGGGCGCCGGGAAGAAGACCGACACACCCACAGACACAGGCUAUGACGACGAAUCGCCCUUACAAGGGGCGGACGAGAUGGCACCUGAGGAGCCGCUCUUGACGGGCGGACAGGAGGGGAAUGGGGCGUAUCUAUAAGUGGGAGGGGACGGGGAAGCGUGGGUUGCGCAGCGUGUCGAGCACAGCGAUUGCUAUGGACGGUCAGCAUCAAUCAAUGGUAUAGUGUGCAUUGGCACGGUGGAUGCAUGAGAAGUUCGCCUGUCCGUCCAUGUGCGUGCCUAAGCCAGGUGACUGGCUAGUGUCUGUCUUCCUGCAUGGUGUGUGACAAAUACAUACAUAAAUGCAUGGCAUUGCACGUGUUGGUGAGACUGAUAAACACCCAAUACCCUGAACGAUGC